CCGUUAAUAGAGCUACACGAGUGGAAUCCAGCGGCCAGGAAAGCUUUAGAAAACCCUGGUGGACACAACAUAAAGGAGAAACAGAGUUCUUUGAAGAUAUCGAGAAGACAAAUACUAAAAAGAACCAAAAAGCCUUCUUCUUUGAUCAGUCAUCAUCACCAGGGCCCCUUGUGUUCCGUGCCGCCGCUGAUGAGUUCAACUCUGCAUACUCCUCCUGUAGAAGACAGAUACCCUAACUCUCUCUGGGGUUCAUCAGGGCAGGAACUGAUGAACAACCCUGUGCCUUAUCAGGUGGUGGGCUCUGGUGGGUAUAUGUUUCCUUCUCCCUCCGGAAUCUGCAAUGUUUCACCUGCCUUAUCUCAUGGAAAGAUGCCCCAAACUCAGCCACCUGUUGCCACCAUGCCAAGUGACAGGCAGGAUUGCUUUUUGGAAGCACAGUCCUCGUCGUUGAUGAUGAAUCAUCAGCACCUUCCGGAGUUUUCAGAUCCGCUUGAAGACUUCUUUGAUUUCUCUGACCAUGUUCCUGUUCUGAAUCCAACACAAGGAGAGAGCGGUGACCUAAGGGUGGGCGGUUCAUCCGUGGAGCUUCAUGAGAAGAGCGAGUGGCAAAGCUGGGCGGAUCAGCUGAUGUCUGAUGGUUCGGAGCCGAACUGGUCUGAACUUCUUGGAGAUCCAAAUCCACACAAUCCAACACCAACACCAUCUUUGGAUGUACCGAGGCAAGAGAUAGUAGUAGCUAACCAGCAGCAGAAGCAGCAGAAUCAGGUGGUUUCGUUGGAGGAGCAGCUGAACUCAUCAGCUAGUGGAGCAACAACUAAACAGCGGAUGAGAUGGACACCAGAGCUUCAUGAGGCGUUCGUUGAAGCUGUUAACCAGCUUGGUGGUAGUGAACGAGCCACGCCUAAGGCUGUUCUGAAGCUCUUGAAUAACCCUGUCUUGACCAUUUAUCAUGUCAAAAGCCAUCUCCAGAAGUACAGAACGGCAAGGUAUAAACCAGAGACUUCAGAAGCUACAGGAGAACCUCAAGAGAAGAAGAUGACAUCUAUAGAAGAUAUCAAAUCUCUUGACAUGAAAACGAGUGUUGAGAUCACACAAGCUCUAAGGUUACAGAUGGAAGUUCAGAAACGUCUCCAUGAGCAGCUCGAGACUCAACGGGCGCUGCAGUUACAGAUUGAGAAACAGGGCCGAUACCUACAGAUGAUGUUUGAGAAACAACAGAAGUUAGAAGAGAACAACAAGAGCUCUUCCUCAUCAAAGCAAUGCAACGGCGCAUCUGCAGAAGCCGAAUCUGGUGUUGUUGUGACACAAACAGGGGACCAAACUGAGUCUGCUGCUUCAGCAUCAAGGAAACGAGCCAGAGAAGAUUAGUUUAGAUUGAAAAAAACAUAUUAAGGUUGAUUUGGUUGGCCAGACAUGUUUAUUGAGAGUUAAGUUGUAGGUUGUUUUGUGGAGUAACACAGAGAUGCAUUAAACUACAGUUUUGUUAAAAGCAAAAAAUUGGUUCUUUCAUAGUUUCAUA